CUUCUACUCACAAAAUCAUGUAAGUUACUAGUUAGGCUGUAUACAGUGUGUAUAAGUGUAUGCCUACUAUAAUAGCAACUAGCUACGUUAUAAAUAAUAGUUAUUAGUGCGGGACAGUUUUGUUCCUUUAAAAUCAGCCAAAUUUAUUUGAUUCUCCUACCUUAAUUCUCAAUAAGUGAAAUUAUAAUGCACGCGUAAUUGCCUACUUCAAUGUACCUAUCAUUAAAUAUUAUAUUAUUAUGACGAAUGGUUUUAAUAUUCAAACUACAUGGUAAACAUUUUUGAAACAAAGCAGUUCAACAUAAAAUAGUUGGAAUUAUUCACACAGUUGAAAUGUUUUACAAUUAUAACUUUAUUGUGUGGAUUUUUAAACUUCUUACCUUAGUCACUGCUACACAAGGUGCAAAUAUACUCGUUUUUGCACCAAUGCCAUUUAAAAGCCACUUUACUGGAUUUCAACCAUUAUUCAAAGAACUCGCUAGUAGAGGACAUAAUCUCACUGUAGUCAGCACAUUUCCACUGAAGACACCACUAUCUAACUACACAGACAUUCCAAUCUCAAUAAAUGAAACUAUUUUAAAAGGUGUCAACCCAAUAGAAUUAGCCAGUCAUGGAUUUUUAACAGUAGUGCCUAGUUUGUGGAAACUGUCUACUUUUUUAGCUCAACAAAUGAUUUCCAAACCAGAAAUGCAAAAUUUCAUUCUAUCCCAGGAUUACGAAUUCGAUCUAGUUAUGGUUUUCUCAUUUUGCCAAGAAUAUUCAAUCACACUAGGCCAUAAGUACAAAGCACCAGUUAUUAAUUUAGGCGUUUCGACGCUGUGGCCUUCUAAUAGUAAAUGGAUUGGUGAACCGUCUACAUUUUCAUACAUACUUGACCAGCGAACCGGAGCAACAGAUCAUAUGUCAUUCAUCGAACGGUUCAAAAACACUGUCAUUGGAAUUUAUCAAUUAUUUUUGGAAGAUUAUUAUUAUUUUCCUUUACAAAAAGAGAACAUGGAAAAAUACUUUAAAUAUGAAGGUCACGAAUCUAGGCCUCCCAUUGAAGAUAUGUUGAGAAACGUGUCAGUGACAUUACUCAAUGCGCAUUACAGUAUCGGUGUGACUAGACCCUACCUGCCGGGUACAAUAGAAAUUGCAGGACUUCACGUGGAUGAACCUAAACCAUUAAAUGGAAAAUUUUUGGAGUUCGUUGAGUCUGCUGAGCAUGGAGUAAUAUAUUUUAGUUUUGGUACUAUUGUGGAUCCGUCCAGGUUACCGAAUUCAACUAUAGAAAUUUUCAUAAACGUUUUAAAGAAACUGAAACAAAAAGUAAUGUGGAAAUGGGAUUCAAAUAAUCUGCCACAGUUGCCCGAUCACGUAAUGGUUAGCAAUUGGUUCCCGCAACCCGAUAUUUUAGGUCACCCAAACGUUCGUCUGUUCAUCACACACGGAGGUAUACACAGUCUAGAAGAGGCUACCUACAACGCUUUGCCAAUCGUUGGUGUUCCUUUCUUUGGCGACCAACACAUGAACAUGAGGUUAGCUGAACGCAAUGGCAUCGGGAAAAUGGUAGAUAAUGUUGAUUUGACUGAAGAAUCCAUGCUGUCUGCCAUUAAUGAAGUUCUUACAAACACAAAAUAUAAAGAAAACUCGAAGAUACGAAGUGAAAUAUUUAAAGAUUCCCAUCCAAGACCAAUGGAUCGAGCUAUAUAUUGGAUUGAAUAUGUUCUCCGCCAUGGCGGGGCUAAUCACCUUACGAGUAGUAGUGUUGAACUGAAUUAUAAUCAGUAUUUUCUAAUCGACGUUUAUUUUGUAAUUAUUAGUACGACUACUAUUAGUAUGUUUUUAAUAGUAAUGAUGAUUAAAUACAUUAUGAAAACUAAAGAUAUCAAUUCAUCGAAAAAAAAAUAAACUCAAUUCUAAUCUCUGUAUAUGUAUAUACCUACGUGUAUACUAUAUAAUAUUAUGGUUAUUGAUUACAAUUUACAAUAUUACAUUAACUUGUAAA